AAAGAGACAAGCGAAACUUCACAUUGAAAGAAAGCUUUUUUUUUUUUUUUUUAAAAGAUGAAUACACCCCGGGAACUGUAACCCAAAUGUUUCUCUGUCCGUGGAGAAGAUUUCAUUUUUGAAACAAGAUUUCUACGGAAGCUGGGUGUGUUCCAUCAUCAUGUUCUGGAAGUUUGAUUUGAACACAACAUCACAUGUGGACAAGCUGCUGGAUAAGGAAGAUGUGACACUGCACGAGCUGAUGGAUGAAGAUGACAUCCUACAGGAGUGCAAGGCACAGAACCGCAAACUGCUGGACUUCAUCUGCCAGCAGCACUGCAUGGAGGAGCUGGUUAGCCUCAUCACACAUGAGCCCCCCGUGGACAUGGACGAGAAGGUCCGCUUCAAAUAUCCGAAUACAGCCUGUGAACUCCUGACCUCUGAUGUGCCACAGAUCAACGACAAGCUAGGAGGAGAUGAAACUUUAUUGAACAUUCUGUAUGACUUCUUGCAUCACGAGCCGCCUUUGAACCCUUUGCUUGCCAGUUUCUUCAGCAAGACUAUUGGGAAUCUCAUUGCAAGAAAAACUGAACAGGUGAUUGGAUUUUUGAGAGAUAAAGACCAAUUUAUUAGCCUGGUACUAAAGCAUAUUGAUACAUCUGCAAUGAUGGACCUGCUGCUUCGUCUGAUCAGCUGCGUGGAACCAGCACCUCUACGGCAGGAAGUAUUAAACUGGCUUAAUGAAGCAAAAGUAAUUCAGAGACUUGUGGAGCUGAUCCAUUCGAGCCAGGAUGAGGAUAGGCAAUCAAAUGCUUCCCAGACCUUGUGUGAUAUCAUAAGACUGAGCAGAGACCAGGGCAACCAGCUACAGGAGAUAUCGGAGCCUGACCCGCUUCUCACAGCACUGGAAUCGCAAGAAUGCGUGGAGCAGCUUUUGAAAAACAUGUUUGAUGGAGACCAGACUGAAAACUGCAUAGUGAAUGGAACUCAGAUUUUAUUAACGUUAUUGGAGACAAGGCGCUCUGGAGUGGAGGGACUGAUGGACUCAUUCUCUCAGGGAUUUGAAAGGUCUUACACUGUCAAUAGCAGCAUCUUACAUGGUAUUGAACCACGGCUAAAGGAUUUUCACCAGCUUCUACUCAAUCCCCCUAAGAAAAUGUCAAUCCUGACUACAAUUGGUGUCUUGGAGGAGCCAUUGGGGAAUGCUCGUCUUCAUGGAGCUCGACUAAUAGCUGCUCUGCUUCACACAAACACUCCCAGUAUUAACUAUGAACUAUGCAGACUCAAUACCAUGGAUUUAUUACUUGACUUAUUUUUUAAAUAUACAUGGAAUAACUUUUUGCACUUCCAAGUGGAACUGUGUAUAGCAGCUAUUCUCUCGCACUCAGUGCACGAAGGGAAAUCAGCAACAAAUGAUCUGGAAAAUAAAGAGGAGGUGCUGAAUGGGAAUGUGACCACAGAGGACUUGAAGACUCCAGACCUCAGUCCAGAGAAUGUUAUGGUGACACAUUUGUUCCAGAAGUGCUGCCUGUUGCAAAGGAUAUUGGAUGCCUGGGAAGUCAAUGACAAAAUACAGGCAGAAGGUGGAAUGAGGCGAGGGAAUAUGGGCCACCUUACCCGAAUAGCCAAUGCUGUGGUACAGAAUAUGGAGAAGGGCCCCAUGCAGACCCAGAUCAGUGAAUUCAUUAAAGAGCUACCUGAGGAUUGCAGAGGGAGGUGGGAGAGCUUUGUAGAAGAGACACUGAGAGAGACAAACCGGAAGAAUACAGUGGAUUUGGUGAGCACCCACCAUCUGCAUUCUUCCAGUGAGGACGAGGACAUCGAGAGUGCUUUCCCCAAUGAACUCUCCCUCCAACAGGCAUUCUCAGAGUACCAAAUCCAACAGAUGACAGCCAACUUUGUGGAUCAGUUUGGCUUCAAUGACGAAGAGUUUGCAGACCAGGAUGACAAUAUCAAUGCACCUUUUGACAGGAUUGCAGAGAUAAACUUCAACAUAGAUGCGGAUGAUGACAGUCCAAAUGCAUCCCUCUUUGAGGCCUGCUGCAAUGAACGGAUCCAACAGUUUGAUGAUAAAGAGGAGGAGGAAGAUAUCUGGGAGGAGAAGGAAAUAACCUAUGCAACCCAAGUCAAAUCAAGAACACGGUUUGGAGUGUCUCAGACCUCAGAGAGUUCCUCAAAAAGUGAUCUAGAGAAUGGGGAUCAUGAUGGCAGUGUGGACUCAGAAGAAGAGGAAGAAACAGAAGAACAAACAACACCUCUCACCGAGAACACCAACAAGAAUAAUCCUUCUGAGCAGAAAGACUCUGACUCUACUGAAGGAUCUGGGUGGACAGCUGUGUUUGAGUCUGUGAAUUCAAACCCCCCGGCACCCUGUGUGGCCAUGGAUGUUGGAUCAAGUGUAUGGGAUUCAGCAGCACCAGAGACAGCCACUCCUGAGGAGAAAGGAUGGGCAAAAUUUACAGACUUCCAACCUUUUUGUUGCUCAGAAUCAGGUCCCAGAUGUAGUUCUCCUGUGGAUACAGAAAGCAGUGACUCAGAGGGAAACCCCAAGCAGGGUCAGGACAAGAACUUCAGCGCUGCCUCACCCUGCGUUUGGAAUGUCUGUGUGGCAAGGAAGGCACCUCUGGUGGCUUCAGACAGCAGCUCAUCUGGAGGCUCAGACAGUGAGGAAGAGGAGGAUAAAGCUGAUAUCGUCACAGAAACCAUCAGUACAGGCUCAGGCCAGGAAACCAUCAAACUCACCAUGGAUGCUAAGAACGAGAAGGCUGUGUUCACCAGAAUAUUUAGACCUUCAGUCAGAGGUGAUGCAGACUGCCUGGUUAUUGACAAGCUGACCAUCACCGACAUGGGAACGACAAAGGUGUCCAAACCACUAAACAGCAUGCCCCCGCAUUCUGAGGAGCUCCACAACGCUGCAGCUGUCAGCAUGGCUGCCACAGAAAGCACAACAAAAGACAGGAAAGAGGAGGUCUUGCCAUGUGCUGAAGCCACAUUAAAUGGCCCUGCUUGAUGAAGCAAAUGCAGUGGGACAUGUCUGAUCCAGGCCAGGCUGCUACCUGGUGAUGCAAUUUGUCAGUUUUUUUCAUUUUAAUUUUAUUUUUUAAUAAAUGCUGCAUUGAUGAGCGAGCUGGCAUUCAGGACCAGACACACGAUUUCAACACCAACAAUCUGUUCCGGAAGACACUUGUAUUGUCUAAAUGUAGCAUUGAUCAGUUAGUCAUCACAGGAGUGAUUCGGCCCUACCCAAGGAAGCCUUCUGCCUAAUUUUAGUACCUUGUCCCCCUCCCUCUUCUUCCCUUGUUUUUGUUUUCUAUUUGGGGUUCAAUCCUAUUUUCUUAGUGUUAUUGCACACAGUAUUCAGCUUCUCUUCAGAAAGGUAGCAGGUCUAACGCUGGGACUUGGACGGUGCACAAUAAGUCCUGCAGUCGUGUGACCAAAGUUCCUGAUGGAGCUGUCUUUGGGCAGCAUUUGCACCGCUUUUGUAUAGCAAUAAAGCCUUAUCAGAAACAUUUCAUAGGAGGUAAAGAUAAAACAAACACUUUAAAUGGGAUGAGGCAGGGAGGGCUGGGGAUUUGGGGGGGGGGGGGGUGAAAGGGAAGACAAUGACAUUGUGUCCCAAGCCAGAGGCCAGAUAGCAAAGUUAGUGUAACACUGACCUGUCUUGAGCAGUGGGCUGUCUCUGCAUUCCAGUGAGUUGCACAGUGCUCUGUUUCUGGGGCGUGACAGUUCACUGCAGGAGCUUGGAACAUUUAGCAACUGGUUAUUUCCGUCCACGCCAUCAAAACUCAACCCUAUGGAUGUCGUCGUCCUACGUUGGGCUGGAGAGCGUGCAAAGACAGUAGCAUGUUGUGUUUGCCAUCUGAGAGGACAGUCAUCCCAGGACGGCUGCCACGCAGGGACAGGAGCUGAUGUGGCACAGACAGGUUAUCAGGUGCUUGCUGGCUUUUUGGAGACUAAUGUAUUUUCAAAUUGAUAUGGAAAUCUUUUUGUUCUGUUUUUAACGUUUUUAAUGGAUGCAGGAACAGCAACACUUUUGCACUUUGUACCUAGUGACAGCAAUGGAGAAUGAUGUGGCCCCAGCACAGGACUCCUGCUGUAAAGCCCCAUGUAGACGGUUGUGGAGGGGGCUGGGGAGACACACUGCUCUCAGGAACUGUGAGGUAGAACAGUGCAGAGAAAAGGACGGUACCUAGAACUGCCCAGGAGCAAGGUCAUGUAAGGUUGUGUACUUGACCCUGGAACAAAGGAGUCUCUGCGUAAGCAUGAAGUGCCCAGCCUGUGCUGGCUUCAGCAGCGAGCUUGUUCCCAGCCUGGACUUGUGCCCUAGGUCGUACGGGUGUAGAAGAUGGGCCACUUUCAGUACCAGGCUCAGGCUCAUAACAGCAGACGGCCAUAAGUUGUGAUCAGUCUAUACUCCUGUAGGCUUUAAACACGGAGCUGGGCUUGCUUUUGUGUGUAAGCCGUGUGCUGAAACCCACCUGGUCACAUUUGAAAUGCCGCUUAUUUUACUAGUCCAAGAUCUAAGCUGGAAAAUCAUUCACUUUGGAAUAAAAGCAUGAGGCUUGGCACAUAGGUAGCCAAAUAGCAUAUUUUCAGCUGUAUUCUCAUCUGUGCGAAUCUGAAGGCCUUCACCUUGUGAGUAUGAAAAAUAGCCCUGACACACCUCUGUUAUCGUGAGCAAAAGCGCCCCAGCCAUAUUUCAGUUUGUUUUUUAAAAUAUUUUAUUUUGAAAUGCCUGAUGUAGAAGUACAUUAUGCUGCAUAUUAAAUGUUCUUAAAAGUAUAUUGGUAUAGAAAAGUGAAGAAUGAAAUGUUCCCCCUUGUCCCAGCAGAACAGACCGACUCGGUAUCAGUGUCUGGAAGUGAGGUGCCCACAACACAAGGCUCUCAUUUGAUUUGUCCAAAGAUACACGUUUUGUUUUGUUCUUAGGGUAGACUGAAGAUUUCCUUUAUUGGAGUGUCAGAAAUGAAGUCCAGAAUGCAGGAAGUAAAAUGAGAUGACACUCAGCAGCCCUGUGAACUCGCAAGUUGUUGUUGAGGCAGUUUCUUGCAGCUGAUACAGCUGUGUUGUCUCCCAACUGCAGGUAUUUGGUAAGCAAAUGCUUUCCAGCUCCAUUGUUCUGGAGGCCCUCUCUCCCUCCAUCAUGCAAUUGAAAGAUGCAUUGUGCUGGGAGGGAAGCCUCACACUCACUGUUGCUCCCCAGGCUGUUCAGAAGCCAGUUUCACUUCACAGCCAAGAUUUUCCAAAAACAAUUACAUGAUUAGUAACCUUGAGUGCCCAGUUGGAGAUGUUUUAUCAGAGUCUGAUUUUCAGAGAGUUGAGGUUCGGCAGUUUAUAAAAAUCAGGCCUCUUUAAGAUCCCUUAAGUUGGGCACUCAAAAAAUUUACUUUGUCAAAGCAGAAAUGUUAUUAACCAAAUACAACAGACCUGCAGCUGAUCCCAGCAGUUACUUGAAAUCCAUGGUUGGGUGUCACAGCCCCAUUAAGUACCUGGUGAGGCCAAUAGCUUGUUCCCAAUCUCUUCUCAGUUGCAAUUCUUGGCUUCCAGGGGCUGCAUUUCCAGCUGGUAUCGUUCUGUGACUAAGUGCAGCCUGCUUGGGAUCUCUUUCAGAGGAGAAGGGGAAAAGUCCGUAGGAAUCUGGUCUUUCUCUUGGCUUGAUGCAAUUUCAGCCACUGCAGUAGGGUAAGUUGCAUCAAGUCUGCAGUGUUAGUAGCAGAUUUUAACCUUUUAUGUUUCAUGUUCAUUAGCUUUGAGCAUUGACUUCAUGACUUCAGGUGAAAGCUUUAAAAAUGUGUUUAAAACAUAUCCAAUAAGCAGCUCUACAUGGCCCAGAAUAUGUUAGGAGUGAGCCCCAACCUUCGCUGCACAGUGUGAAUUUGGAGGGGCUCUUUAUCUGAAAAGACAGUAGUGAACUUGGUCUCUUAUAAAUAGAUAAACUUGUAGAAAUGCCCCAGAUUUCUUGCUUUUAAGACAGUGAAUGAUUCCUCCAUAUUCUGGAGUUUAGGUUCUGAAUUAUACCUCAUUGGCUCCACAGCAUUGUCCUUCCUAUUAGCCAGUGGACUGAGAUGGAAAGUAGCUUUUAUAUGUUUUCACCCUUAGUAUCUUGGAGGUUGUAAUUUAGCACAGAACCUGUCAGGUGGUGGAGUCCUUGCCUGACCCAAAUGAUUUUAUUAGUAAGCUACACACACAACUCUGGUUAUCUGUAUAUUGAACUCUCUGCUAUCUAAAGUCAUGUACAGUAUGUCUAGAUUAAGGUCCCUCUGUCUCCAGUUCAUGUGGCAUGCAGUUUUUCCAUUUGGUCCUCGUUGCUAUCUGAGCUUUCUUCCUAGCCACUUUAGGUUACAGUCUAGUACUCUUGUUGUGUCGCAGUCUGGCCAUUUGAUUGCUGUACUGUAUCCGGAUUACCUUUCGUGGUUAUUUUCUUUUAAGGGUUCACAAUGACUUGAUAAGAAAUCGAGUUAACCCUUUCCUAGGCCGUGCUAGGCCUUGUGCAAUGUCCCAGUUGCAACUAAGAUGUUUCCAUUGUUUAUGAUGACGGAUUGGGACUUACUUUGACCAUUGGAGGUGUUCUUCGUCGGAUGUAUGCUAUACAUCUGGGUCCUCCCACAGGGUAAGCACUGUAUCCUGGGGGGAAUUGGUGCAAGGUUGGAAGCAAGGCAUAUUCUCUACCAAAGAUGGAUUUAUUUACUCCCAGCUGUAUCCUUCAAAAAUAAUUUUAGACUGGAGCAAAAUCAUGAUCAGAAAGCAAUGAAGACUGAACAGGAACUGUAUUCAGCUCUCUCCUUCCCCAUCUAUAUGCAGUAUUUAAAUCUGAUCAUAUCUAUAUGGUAUGUAUAAUUUGUUUAGUUUUGAGUGUGUGUGUGUGUGUGUGUGUAUAUAUAUACACACACACACACAGGUGUGUGUAUAUAAAUAGCAUAAUACAGAUUUCAAUAGAUAUAUGUAUGUUUAUAUACACACACAAUUGGAAAUUGUAUGAAACUUAGUGAAAUGGAGACUCAAUGCACAAAGAACUUGAUUUACAUAUGUAUGCACAGGUACAUAUAAAACUCCAAGACAUGCACAGCCAUAUUUGUUGGUUAAGACUAAGGCUGAUGGAGCAUAGCUUGUGGUGGGAAAAUCUGUUUUAUAUAUUCUAGUUUAAUAAUUUUCACCCAGCAGCGCAUUGAAAUAAAUGGAUUACAAAAGUGCAUUCGCUGCAAAAUGACUGAUUUAUAUCAUUGCUCCUGGCAACGCUGCUGCUGUACAAUACUUUAUCUGCCAAUGUGCUUUUGUACUGGAAGAGGUGGAGGAGUUGGUUGCACACUUCGUAGAGAAACGUAUACAAAUCAGCUGUCAUUAAAAAGUUCUUACGUUGUACUGACAUCUCACCUUGAAGCUGAUAGGACUGUGAAAAAAAUCCUUCAUCCUUUCAGGCAUCAUAAUAUGAUCUGUGGACCUUUGGUGAGUCCUGUCUUGUGAUGUCAGUUGAUCAUUAUCAAGUGUGUAUGACCACUCUGUUGAAAACCAGGGUUUAUUACAUUUGCAAAAAAAUUAAAUCUGUGAAAGGCAAAUCUAUUGUAAUUGCUAUCAGACCAUCCUGUUGUUGAGAUGUUUCAGAGAGAACUGGUUAGGGGGCAUGGGAACUUGCAAACUCAAGUUGUUGUGUUAGAAUCUUUUGCCUUGCUUUUGUGCAGACCUGUUUGUCUGAAUUCUCUUUCACGUCAUUCUGUUCAGGAUUUGGAGAACGUAGGGAGUGCUGCUAGCAGGGAGACCUAUUCUUACAGAUUGAAUGGGACUUGGAAUUGCUUUCUCAGGUGUGAAUUCCCCUGCUGCUAACCUAGAGGUAUGGUUCACUUCAAAAUUGUACCACCAUAAAAACAAAGGAUACUUGAACCAAGGAUAUUUGGUUGUGUUCAGCACAGCUGUCUGGAAAGCACAUGAAAAGUUGGUGAAGUUUUUUCUUUACUCUGGCUUGCCUGAACACCCUGUUGAUGGCAGCCAUCUCAGUCAAAACGUUUGGGACACAGGUGUAAAAUUUGCAGGCCGGGGGAGAGGAAGAGGAAAAGGAAAGCCGAGGCCUAAAGUUGAGAUUGUAAAGGUGGCGGUACAGUUUGCCCCCAUUAUCAGCGGGUGUCCAAAAAUGAGGUUCAGCAAGAUGGCCAGCCAGUUGUAAUUGAAGCAUCAUCUGGCUUAUUUAAGAGGUUGUACCUGGCCAGAAGUUCUGGCUGAUAGAUCGCUAUCCAUGGGCUGUUCACUGCUAUCUACUCCAGAAUGGUUUUCCUAUGUUUUUUUCUAAUGUUCCACUUUCCCUCUAGUUCCCCUGGGCAGAAGCCUCUUGAUUUCCUUCUGCCUUUUUAGCAGCUGGAGGCUUUGUUGCUAGUACAGUGCUCGGAUGUGUGGUUUCGGGAUCCACAGCCCUCUGCAGGGAUAUCACAGGUUUUGCUUCCCUUCCUCAUCUUGUGCAACUUUCCCUGCAUUUUUAACUCCCCUGCCUUUGUACUUUUAAUCAUGGCUCCAUCUUCCCGGAUGAGGAGCCACUUCUACUCCAGCCGUAAUCCCGUUUAAAUGAAAGCAUCCCCAGUUCCCUCACUUGUCCAACAAUUCUAACAGAGAAACAAUUGUGUUACAACAGCAGAAUCCACAGCAACUCUGCUGACCUUGUUAAGGUGCAUGGUGGAUUGUCAGUAUUGAUGUUGAAAGAGGGGGCCCAGUGGAAGUGGAGGGAGAACAAGUCUUUAUUGCUUUGUCUAUUCUGUUAUGCAGCUCAGACAUGCAGCUCAGUGUCACAUGAGACUGGUGGAGUUCUUCUUGUUUCAGUUUAAUUUUAAGAAAAAAAUACAGCAGCUCGUCUUAUAAUUUUUAACCAUUGUUCCAAAGAAUAGGUUUCCUUCUCCUGUUGAUCGUCGCAUAACAGUGACCUCACUCUGAACUGUGUUCCAGUCAGUUGAUUUAGUCUCUAGCUGUUAAGACAGAUUUUGAUGUGAUUUUUUUUUCAAAAGUGUCUAUAAAACAAAAUGAAACCUUGUGUUCACAAUGGUUUGUUGGUUUUUCUUUAUCCCAGCAUCAGUUCUCUGUGAAAUCCUAAUUGAGCACUUCAUUAUUGUUCUGAAAACAUGUUUUUCCUGGUUAUAGGCUCUCACAAGGCAAGUGUACUGCACAGAUUUAUUCUUUCACCAGGGCCAGCUUUAAAAUAAAAUAUUUUGGAUAGGUUCCCCCCCAAAGUGAACGUUAAUUUGUUAAAUAACCUUGGCCCUUUCCCUUUUACCAGGGGAUGAGGGCUUUUAAUAGGGGGAUGUGUUGCAAAGGUUGCUGCAUAGAGUCUCACGUUUGUUUGCUAUUUAGAGGGUACAGUAUAGGUGUUUCUUGCCAUGGUGCUGUACAGUGCCACUCUAACCUCUAGAGCAGGGGUUCUCAAACUGGGGGUCGGGACCCUUCAGGGGGUCGCGAGGUGAUUACAUUGGGAGUCGCGAGCUGUCAGCCUCCACCCCAAAUCCCACUUCGCCUCCAGCAUUUAUAAUGGUGUUAAAUAUAUAAUAAAGUGUUUUUCAUUUAUAAGGGGGGUCGCACUCAGAGGCUUGCUGUGUGAAAGGGGUCACCAGUACAAAAGUUUGAGAGCCACUGCUCUAUAGUGUUUGAGUUUGUUUAGACAUUACAGGCUAAAUUUUCUUAUAACACGUGGACAGUCAUCACGCUCCUGGGGGAGAAAAUUUUGUGGUUUUCUGAACAACUAGCAGAGGGAUCUUUCUGUGAUUUCUGGGUUUUUUGCACGAAACCAUGCAGAGUCUGCUGGGAACAGCUGAAGAAGAGAGCGGUGAACUUGGGGGAGGGUGGGGGGGUAAGAAGGCAAUACACAUUAGUAUAGUCCAAGGAUUUUCUGCUACUAAUUGGUUGAAGUGGGGUCAAAUGACAAAAAAAGCUUACCCACAAAAUGGUCAAUAGCCUAGAAACUAAGCUGGUGACAUGAUAAUACUUUUCCAAAAUGCUGCAUUGCUGGUGAUGUUCAUAGGAAAAUGCAUUUCACAUUCUUGGUAGUUUUGGUCGUCUUGGUGAAGAUCGGAUCGCUUCUUCCUUUUCCAGGGAUGGCUUUCUCUGAGUCUCAGCACUUGCAUGGUUUCACUAAUCCACUUUUAAAGGGAUUUUUUUAAAAUCAUGUUAUUCAAGCUGCCUAGUAAUCAAUAGCCUGGUAUGGGAACAUGGCGACAGGUCGUCUGGGAAGGAUUUAGACAGUCAUUAAUAAAUGUUCAUAAUUCCCUUGGUCCGACUGCACAAUCAUCAGGUUGCAUCUGGACUGGCUGCCUACUCGUUUCCAAGUGGGAUUUAAGCUGUUUGGUAAAGCCCUAGCUGGCUUGGAAGCGACCUACGUGAGAAGCCUGCCUCUCUCCCUGUGUGGUGAUACCAUCGUUGAGACCAGCAGAGACACAAGCUGGAGUCCUCUUGCUGCUGCCAGGGCAUUCUCUGUAGCGGUCACUUGAUUUUGGUACUUACUUGCAUACCACUGGUCCAAACCGGUGUGAAUCUGUUGGGAUCUACCCCGUGCUAUGAAGUUUCAUCGGCUUUCCACAGGCUUUGGGGGAAAGGGGAAAGUGGGGUCAUUCAAUAUAAGUUUUACGGGACGGGGGUAAGACUGCUGAUUUGUGAACAUCUUUUUAAAAAAUACAUUUCUGAUGCAUGUAAAAGGCACUUAGAGCACAGAGAGGGGGACAUUUGUAUUAGAAAGGUAAUCAUGCACAUAAACUAGUUAAUUUCUCCCUUUUCCCAAAAGAACCCCCAUGGUUCACUGAAAUUUACAGCGGGGGAAAGUCCUGGAGGACUAAGGGUCCCAGCAUAAUGUGCAUUGAGGAAGAGUAGAAAUUCAAAGGCAGGUUACUUCCUUCGGCAUGAUGGUCCAUUCGGUGCACAUUUGCUUGCUCUAAGUAAGUGAUGCUUGUAAGUGGGAAAACUGUCAAAUACAUUUUAAUUAUGAAUCUUACUAAUUUUUCAACUUCUACAGUUACUAAAUUUAAAAUAACUUGGAGUAAACCCCAUCUUAUGUCAACAUUCAUAACUAGCAGUCAGACUUUUCUAAGCCUCCCUAUGGCAGGUAAAUUCCAGUCUCCAUUUAUCAGGAAAACCAUGACAACAUUGGCUUCAUUGUGGAUGGUGCCUUAAUCAAAACCCAGAAUGGUGCUGUGAGAAUUAUUUUGUGUAGCCCUUAGAUACCCCCUAGGAGGAUCUAUGCAUGGGCGUCACAGUUUUUUAAAUAUAAAUUGAGCAGAAGUUUCUAAGAAGAUUUUUUCCAAAACAGGCAGGGCCCUAUCCAACUCUCAUUAACUUUAUAGUGACAAAAGUUUCUGACUUUUUAUGGGGGAAACUGGAGUUGUGGGUUGAGAGAGAGAAAUUUUCACUAGGAUCUGGCCUCCACCUGCAGCGUCAGGAAGAAUGACAUUUCUUAGUAAACCCCGGUAGAGACAAUAUCACAGACUGAAACACUCGCUGUCUCUGAUACAGAGAGUCACAAAAAUUCACUGUUUGACUGGCUCCUGGUUGUGCAGUUACCAUAUUAUGGCCAAUUAGGCUAGAACUCGUUUACCUCAUUACUGGAAGGGCAGUGUGUUAAUAAACCUGACCUAAGAGUAAAAACCUCCCAAUCAAUUUUAUAAAAGAAUUGAAUUCUAUUCCAGAAUGACCUUUUUCUUAUUUUCAGCUUUUUAAAAUGGACUAUAAAAAGGCUGGAAAACGGGCAUUUUUGUAAAAUGUAUUUUUAUAUUGAUUGCUCAGGAGAGAGGAUUUUUCCUGGAGUAGUGGCGGCUUUUUGUACACGGCUGGGUCUCCCUCAGCUGUUUUCAUUUGACAGUUGUGUGCAUGUAAAUGUUAAAAACAUUUUUCAUGUGGUUCUAAUGAUUGAGUAGAACUUCUUAAAGAUUCUGGUAAUCAUAAUAAUUAGUUUGUAUUAGUGCAUUCCCCACUUCGCUGGGUUUUGAGUAAUCGUGUUUCAUGCAUCAAGACAGUUCGUUGCCAGGUAUUGGGAAAAUUUCUCCUAAAUUAGACCACUAACGGGUGCAAACUUGGGAUAUAACUAAAUCACAUCAAAUGUUAAUAAAACUUGAACAAAAUUUGAAAUAAUGAUUAUUUGUACUGAUAAAUUGGUGACCCCCAGUGAAUAUUUUGGUUGAGUUUUGAAUAUAGGCCCUCAACCUGCAAACACUUAAUUUAGUUCAACGAGUCUACUCACAUUAAUAAAAUUAUACACAUGUUUAAAUGUUUGCAGAUCAGGGCCAUAGGAAGUACCAGGAAAAUAGAGAGGGCUUUAACUUAAGAUAUGUAUUAGACAAAAUACAACUAGGUCCCAUGGGCCUCUGAUGUUUUCUUUUAUAGAAUAUGUACUGGCCACUUCUGUGUGUGAGUACCGUUAUGUACUCGGAGUUAUCGACCAUGUUUCUCUGAUGCUACAAGCCCUAGGUCUUCAGCCUCAGUAUUCAAUGGUGGUUUUAUAAACCACACCCUAUCACACGGUGAUAAUGAUCCCGCCCUAAGUUUUUAACCCUUUCAGUGCCCAUCUCAUUUUUGUAGUAAGGUUUAAAUACCGAACUGUGACUGGGGCCUGGCAUGUAUUUAAAACUUAGAUUGACAUCGCUACAGGCGUCAGGGGUAUGUGAAAAGUCCAUACUCCUGAGUGCUGUCGGUAUGCCGACCUACAGCCCCAGCGUAGAGGUGGUUAGGUUGAGGGAAGAAUGCGUCCGUCAACAUAACUACCCUCGCUCAGGCAGGUGGAGUCACUGUCGCAAAGGAAGAACCCCCUCCGUUGCUGGAGUGUGCAGCUGCAGCGCUGUAUGCCUCUGUAACCUCUGUCGUGUAGAGCAGCUCUGACUUGCCAGGGCAGCGUGACCACCAAAGCAGAAUGUCCUCGUGCAGGACAUCACCCCUUCUUUUCUGAACUGAGGCAACUGAUGUUCUUUUCCAAGUUUUGUUUCCGAUACAUUGGUAUAUUAGCCCACCUCCAGUGCAGUGUAUGUCGCCUCUCUUCCUGCACUCUUCACCAGUCACCUCACAAGAGACCCCGAUUAUUGUACUCAAAGCUUUAAUAGGCAAAAAGACCAGUAUGGCUUUGAAUGUCAGUUGUCACAGCAUAUCCUCUGAGGCCUUCUUUGUUAUCUGUGCCACGUCAAUUCAAAUCAGAAUAGUAAUAGCAUUGAAUUUGCCCUAAAAAUGCAUUGAUUUGUUUAAUUUAGCACACAAACGUUAUUAUUCGUCCCUAAACCAUUAACACCAAGAGAACUAAUAAUUACCUUGUGCUAUAUAUUUAUGUAACAUAUUAAUGACACACAUCUGCAUAUUGUAUGAAAACAGCUAGAGUGAGCCUAGCAUUUGCACGGUGUAGUACUCAGUGUUUUAGCAAACAUCACUGUACAUUUUAAUAGUUAAGAUAUUGGGCAGUUUCUGGAAAUGAUUUGGAAAAAAAAAAGUAUUAGCUACUACUUUAACUCCUAAGAGAGCUAACUUUACAAAAGGUCUUGAAAUGGCACUUUUCUAGAUUAGACAUUAGAUAUGGAAAGUCCCUGUAGGUCGUCUUGUCCAUCCAGCAAGGUUGUUCUCUGCAGUAUAUUUCCCCAGUAUUGCUUUGGCCAAUCAGUUUUAAAAUGUUCCAGGCAGUGGGGUUUCCACCACUUCCUUUAAGAGACUGUUCCACAAGUAACAGAUUUCCAUUUUCUAAUACAUUGAUUUUCCAUUUAUUUCAUCCCAUCACUCCUACUUAUUUCCUUUUACCCCAUGCUAAAUAAUUCCUCUCUCCCCAAAGAUCUAGUCUGAGACGGGUGGGGGGGGGGGAGGGAGAGAGGGGAUGAAGCCACCUGCUACAUGUGAGUAAAUAUUAAGUGUUUCUUGUAUCUAAACAUUAACAAAAAUCUACCUGCAAAACUGUUCACCUAAUUCAGAAAGUAUUUUUCUACUCAGAUGUUUUUUGAAGUCGCCUGUUGAUUUUUUGGAAAAAGCUGAGUGGUCUGGAUAGCCGCCCUACCCAUUGUGUAGCAUCUUCAAGGAGAAGAUGCAGUGUUCAUGCAUUGCAGGAUAAUGCUCCAGGACAUUGAAGGAAAGGAAUGCUUUCCUUCUUUCAGUGGACUUCAUCAAUACGUGGAGAAUUAGGGAACAGGGAGACAUUUUCGAAAGGUCUGAGUCCCUCAUUGCUGCUCACAAUUCUUUGUGAGUGAUCCUAAACACUUUUACAAUGAAAAUGAGAAGUAGUAACACACACAGAACCCAGAACACUGUUUCUGCAUAUCAGGACAUUGAUGAGUGACUCUCUGUACCUAAAAGGGUGAUGGAUAGCUCCUGCUUCUUGUGAGUACAAGUGAUAUGGUCGGGAGAACCAGGUCCUUCUGAAGGGUCAAAAAAUCAUUUCAUGUGCUUAGAUGCCAUAGCCACAAGGGCUUUAAAAAUACGUAUAAUGAAAGGUACAUUUCACCUGCACACUGUAAUUACUGUACAUCCUGCUUAACUGUCAUUAAUCUGCAGAAUCCUUUACCCGUAUACUCUAGUGCUCGUUUCAACACUUAAAACUGAUGAAAGGUGAUUUAAAACUCUUGCCUAAGAAAAUGAUUAAUCAUAGCCUUGCCUUUAGCUAGAAUAUUAUUUAAAUCUUUCAUAUGAUUAAUUUAACAUUUAAGUUAAAAUAACAUUCAAUUGCCAGUAUGGAAUUAAAUAUUUUUCCACUUCUCAAAUAUUCCUCCUCUGCAUCUUGCUUCGGGAACGUCAGCGUCAGGUCCAUUGGAAAGGCCCCUUGUGCAGCUAUUUUAUUUCCUAACAUUUUCGUCUGUCUUUAACCGCAGCAGAACACCAACAGUAUUGAAAAUUAAUGGCAAAGUACAAAGAUCCUGUUUAAAGUACUAUGGACUUUACACUCACAGCAAAGUCUGACGUAAGUCACAAGGCCCGACCCUGCAAUUUGAUCUGUCGUCUAUGGCUCUGUAUUCCCACGAGAAAUGCCAUUUAUAGCAUGAAGGCGCCUGACAGAUGCACAAAUCAGAUUUCAAGAUGGGGGUCACCAGGAAGUAGGAUUGUUUUAGAUUAUUGAAUGUUCCUGCUUAUUCUAGUAAACAUGUAAUAUAUUAACUAAACAAUUCUAACUGGAAUCAUUAUUUUAAAGUGAUUUUAGCACAUGAUAUUCGCAUUCUCUAUAAAAUCACUUCAUUAAUGAUUUGUAUCCCAGUAGCACCUGGAGGCUGCAUUGACUUGUGCCCAAUACAAACACAUUUUAAAGGAUGUCUUUGCCCAGUUCCAGCGCCACUGAAAAAAUUACCUUGUCAACAUAUGCCACAUACAGACAAGUGCACAUUGAAUAUAACACACAAUAAACAUUACUGAGGGCACUGAAAUGUGUCACCCCGUCCUGUCCCUGCAGUAGUUCUAAGCGCUGGGAUCUGGUCUUUGAUCAUUAACAAAUCAUUCCCACAGAUUCAGAAUUAGACAUCAUUUGCAGCAAAAGAGUCACUCCAGCCCCUCUCUCUGUCACACCCCUUCCCACCCCAUCUCCUGUGGCCACCAACCUUGAAUGAACACAUCUGCAGCCCCUCUAAUAUGGGCAGCCUGCCUCUUGGUUACGUGAGAAGGAAGGGGCUGGCUAAGACGACGGUAGGGUACCUCCAUGCACAGUCCCACACUGAAUGGAGAAGCCAGUGAACCUGCUGCAUCCUUGCAAGGCUGACGCCAGGGGCUAGGUUCUGUUUGUGGAACUGUAGAGAGCAGUAGGCCCCGAUUGUGUAUUUACACUAGAACUUGAAGGCCUGUAGAGUGUGCGUCUAUUCCAACUCUCUCUUAAUUGCUCAUGAUGUUUCAAAUAAUAAAUAUAUGAUCAGUUCUCAAACUGGGCCUGCAGAGCCAGUGGUGGAAGUACAUUUUCACUGGAAUAGGCUGAGAUCUAAAUGUGAUUUUUGUAGUUUAAUUCCAAAGAAUGUAUUGUAUGGGGAAACCAGACUGAAAAUUACAUCCUCCGUGGCACUGGAGUGAUGGUGGCAGAGCGCUGCAGAGAGAGAGAGAGAGAGAGUGUGUGUGUGUGUGUGAGAGAGAGAAAAGAAUCUCUACUGACAAAUUUGUAAAUAAUAUUUAAUCGUUUCCCCAUUUUUAGUAUUUUUUUAACAUAAGAGUAGAACAUCAAAGAAAAUGGACGUUUUAAUAAAAUGAAAUUGUUGGGUUUUUGAGAAGGAAACUCAUUUCUCUGCCCAGCAAUUUUGGUAAUGAAAAUACAGAUCUAGAGGAAAGAAAGUAGUUUAAUUUCUUCAGUGUCUUAGAUAUUUGAAUACAUCUUCACAACUCCUCCAAAUGAUCCAUUCUCCUAUCUCCUCUUGCAGACAGACCCAAAAAAGGAAAGAAAAGUGCAGUUUAAACGGCUAGCUGGUGAGAUCAGGCUGUAUAAUUCUGUCAGGUAUGUUAAUAGGCUCGGUGGUGGCAGCUCUAGCUAAGAUAUGAGAUGGGGGCUCUAUGCAAUAGCUUACACAGAGGAAAGAAUUAAACAUUUUAAGGAAAUGCUGACCUAGACGAGUUGUUUGUGGUUUUCUGUGGCGUGCUAGAGAUGUUCGUUUCAGAGGGAGCUCUUGAGUAUCAGUUAUUAAUGUAUAUAGGGAUUAUUUAUAUUUGUUAAACUUGGUUCUACAACCUAAACUUAAAAGAACUGCCAGAUUUUCAUGACAGUUCCUACUUGUUUUUUUUCUAAAACACACACAAUCAUAGGUACAGAAAGAAACGCAGAGGUACUAACACACACAGCUGUGAAGGGGCAGGAAUGUUUUUUUGACCCAGCAGAAUACCAGGUGUCUAAACACACUCCAAUAGAGUUGGGGUGGGAUUAGUCAAUCCAAGAGGCAACGUCCUUAUUUUCCUACCACAUUACACCUCUUUUGACCACCGUCUCUAGGAAGGUAAAGUUGUAUUAAAGGCAUAUUAUCAGGUUGAAAAAAAUAAACGUACUUAGCAGUAUUAACAUCUUAGAUCAUUGUAACUGAAAUUUUGUUUUUUUAAAUCCAGCUCACUUUUCUCCUCGAUGCUGUGUGUUUCCUUUUGGCAUUUCUCGGCUUGGUUGAUGAAAAUAAGCUUUUCAGUUUCAUUUUUGUUUCUGGUCAGUUUUGUGGCUUGGUAUUCAUCUACUAACUGAAGGCUGCAGUUUGGGGGUUGCCGGUAUUGAAAGCCAAACGAGCUGUUUCCACUGAAAUUUAAAAAGCUGCAGAAACAUUUCUCUUGAGCUGACGUUUUGUAAAACUGUUCUAACACAUCCCAAAUGUUGGAGUGAAAUCAACUUGACUGAGCCUCUUUACCGAGGCAGAAUCAUGGUCCUUUUUAUAAAUGUUGGCAGUGGAUGUCAUCCAUAUGUUGAGGCAGAAAAUACCCAUGAUUCUAAUGAAAUUUUCCCUAUACUGGGGUGUAUCUGCUCAGGCACACGGAGGAGCUUCCUCCUUCAGGCCAUGAUAUUACUAGUGAAGAGGCACUUAGUUCUUUAUGACAAAUCAAUUAGCUCACAGCUGGCUUAAUUAAAGCAAUUUGAAUAGCUGAUCUCUCCUAGCUGCUUAAGUUUUGAACAGUGUCCGCCUCAUGCCACGGAACUUCUGAGUUACUUCUAUGGGCGCUUCUUCGUAACCUCCUUGUGUUCUCUUUUCCCCCAUUGUUGCAUUUAGGGAACAGUUUAGACAUUAGGCUCUUGGAAGUGCUUGGCUUUGCAGGCUGAUAGCACACUGUCUAUCAGAGAUCUGUCUGAUCCAGUGUCAUUGCAAGAUAAACUACUUGAAAUGCUUGUAAAAACCAUCGUUUUCCUGAAGGAAGCUGUUGGAUGUUGGAUUUCAGGUAUAACUGGAAAGGUGGAAUCCUUGCUAAAAUGCCAUUGAGGUUCUGUAGUAAUUUGCUAAUUUCACGGAAACAUUAGUCACCGAGAGAACUGUGCUGGGACAGGGGCACUAACUGCUCCUGCAGCCUGGUACAGCUGUGCUGUGUGGGGAUGCGCUGGGCUGUUCUAGACGACCCAGCGUGGUAAGGUUGGCUGCAUUGGUUCUGCUUCUGCACAGCAGGUACAGGCUGUGCUGAGCCGCACCCUUUCACCAUGAAACAACGCCCCGUGCUCGUGUAGACGGGUCUUUGGUGGGCAGUCGCUGAUUUUAAAAGGGAAACUGAGGCAGCCUCCUUUCCAGUCCUUGUUAGCACAGUUGGCAGCUGACAACGCUCGAGUUCUGUGUUUGUAACAUGUGGGCGUUGAGCUGUUUCUGUCUCCAUAAGGGUACGUGAAAAAAGUCCCUUUAAAUACCCAAUCCACACUGGGAGAACUCCACUAGCUAUUGCCGUGGACACAGUGUGGGCAGGGCUUUGAUGUAUUGAUUUAGGGCCAGAUUUUCAAAACAGCUCAGCAUCCAGCACGCACAGCUCUUCUGAAAACCAGGUCACUCACGCAGGGGGCUGAAGAGAAGCUGAAAUCUGCCUCUGGGUGCUGAGCACUUCUGAAACCCCCCUCCCUCAUGCACUGGUGCCAGCGCUUGUUUGUGAGAUUUCACCACCUCACGUAGAUGGACUAGGGGGAUGAGUCUGCAUAAAAAGAAACCCAUCCUAAAAUGCCGCGGUUCUCUCUGAGACGCACUCCAGAUAGCAAUAAAACACCUGCCGGCAGAGAAGAGGUGUUGGGAGAAUAGCGAGCUGAGGUAAUUGGGUACAGGCUGGGUAACGAGAACAUGGCUGGGUUAAGUGACUCAGAGGGACGGCUCAAUUACGGGGGUACUGAGCACAUUUUAAAUUUCAAGUGGCCUUUCCUCGAUUUGGGGGAGGGGGUGGCAAAGGGAAGGGUCUGAAGUGGGUGGAUUAAUUUAGUGCAAUGUCAUAGGGGAUCCUUUUUGUUUCUCAUGAUGCCUACUGCCCUUAAAUGUUGAAACUGGGUCUUUGUAAGCAAUGUUUGUGUAUUUAUGUGUAUAUCUGAGGUACAAAGUUUUAAAAUUACUGCCUUUUUCUCCCUGUUAUUUUUCUGAGUAAUUCCGGAUGUACUUUAGUCUCUCUACUGUCAAAACUUUUAUAUUGUAAAACUGAUGCUGGUGGGUUUUGGUUAUUUUGUUUGGUUUUUGUUUUUUGUAAAAAAAAAAGAAAAGAAAAAAACAAGUCUGCAUCUCUCUAUCCAUUGUCAGUUUUAGGCUGUAAAUUCCAAAUAUCAAUAAAAACUCAAAAUUCUCAUUGA